AUGAGCACGGGGACGUCGCACCUCAGCGAAGACGAUCUCUACCGCGCAUCGUCGCAGUUCCGCUUCUGGUCUUUCGCGCCAGAACAACUCGCCGCCCGUCGCCACGAAACGCACGCGCUCGCGAUCCAACGCGCUCGACAAUAUGACCCAAAUGGCGCUGAAGACUCCUAUCUCACGGCGGAGGAAGAGCUGAAGCUAGUGGAGAGCUAUGUCGACAUCAUCCGCAAGACGACCACCCACAUCAGAUGGCCGGUCAACAUCAAGACGACGGCGAUUCAAUAUCUCAAGCGCUUCUACCUCUCCAACAGCUGCAUGACCUACCCACCCAAGGAGAUCUACAAGACCGUCAUGUUUCUCGCAUCCAAGACCGAAGCAUUCCACAUCACGCUGUCCAAAUUCUGCGGGCAAAUCAGCGCGGUCCGUGAGGCAGUACUGGCGCCAGAAUAUAAGGUCAUGCAAGCAUUGCGCUUCACCCUGGACGUCCGACAGCCCUUUCGGGGAUUGAAGGGGACAUUGAUGGAGUUGUUGAACAUGGUGGAUGAUAAUAUACAAGGCCUCAAGGCAUUGAAGGAACCCGGUGGAGGUAGUGCGUGGAGGACACCGGGAGAUGGACGUGCCGUGGAGAAGAAACACAUCGUGGACCGCAUCAAUCAGGCAUACCACGUCGCCCGCAACACUUUGGACACCCCUGCCUCUACUACGGACGUCUACUUCCUGUACACACCCUCGCAGAUUCUCCUCGCGGCACUGCAGCUUGCUGACGAACCGCUGCUGCAUUUCUAUCUUGACAGCAAGCUCCCGACAGACGCGCAAAUGCGUCCGAGGAUCCUCUCAACCAUUCAAGAAUGUGCAGAUAUGAUGGGUGCGUUCCGUCCGGAGAACAUCAUUACCAAAGACGUUCGCAUCGCGCUGGAGGCGAAGCUAGAGGCAUGCAGAGAUCCGAGUACCAAGGAUCUGAUCAAAAGCCACGCUGCGAUGAAGAGGAGUGGUGCGGAGGAUGGCGACUCACAGGACGAAGCUAAGAAGAGGAAGAUGGAGAAGCAUAAGAAUGCCCGUGAGGCGGAUGACAUGUUUGGACCUGCUAUUGGGAAGGGGUGA